AAUAAUCUCCAUCAUUCAUUUUUCCCUCUGUCGACAAAUCACUACUUGAAUCUGGAAGGUUGGCUGAUCAACACUAGAGCUGUAGACGUAGAUCAACUAUGCAAAAACUGGAUGAACAAAUAUACAGUGGAAGUUGUCGCAGAUGGAUGUAGUGAGGCAACAUUUGCCAAAGUCUACAAUUGCACCACGUGGCCAUGGAAGAGCUACCCUGAUGAUGUGAAGAAAGUGCUCGCGUUGGUUCGAGCUCCUGUCAAGGAAAGCUCACCAACAGUUGGAAAGCAGCCCCCAGUGAUUGUAAUGUGUGACCUUGGUCUAGAUCGCUCAGCUACUGUAGUGCUCACUUCAAUCAUCAUAGAACAAGUGUUAGAUGGGAAAACUCCCGAUUGUGAUGACUUGUUCAGAAAGAUGCGUGAUCAACGUGCUGGAGUCUUCACAAUGAGCAUCUUCUUCACGUAUGCCAUCCGUGCGGCGCUUUUCUAUUUAAAGCUCAAACUUUAAUGUCUGAACGAGAAUGGAAAUGAGGAUGUGAAGACAAUGAUCACAGAAGCUCUGACAAAGGUCCCU